CCGCGUAAUUUCAAUUUCAAAUAUAUCUCUGUUGUGCUCGCACGCCGUGUUCUCACUUGAGUGGCAUCUGCCAGUCCUGAUUGUUGUGUUGUGUUUCAGAUCGCUCCUGCCUGCAAGUAAACGAUAAUAAUCCGUGCUACAAGUGGUGAUGGAGGUGUCUAUGUCAAAACAUGAUGAACCCCCAACCAUCCCAGGCAAGUUAACAGUCAACACAACCCCUCGCCAACCGCCACUGUUAGGAGUCUCAUCAGACUAUGAUAUCUGGAAAAUCAGAGUAAUGACGUGCCUACGUCGAGUUCCAACAUCGGAACACUUCGACUAUCUUCUGUCUUACCUAGAUGACGAAGCAGCCAAACGAGCGACAGCUAACGGCUUUACUGCGUGCAAUUCACCACCUCAAAAUUGGAAGAUUUUAGAUGAAUGUUUUUCUUUGAAGGUGGACACCCAGCAGACAGCCAUCCAAUUUUUAUCUCGCCACCAGAAACCUCAUGAAAGCCCCAUUGACUAUCUCCACUCAUUACAACAGAUAGCAACCCAGGCAUUCCCUAGCCUGGACAUCUUAGGGCGAGAAGAAAUCACACGCUCCCGUUUUAUUGAAGGACUGUUGCCAGGUGCAUUGCGAGAACAUCUACUUCGAGUGCCACCGGCUGACACAGCCGACUUGAAACGAACGGCACUUCGAUUUUUGACUGCUGAAAGACUGUCAGUUCCAGUGGCGACCUAUCGACCAACCGUGAUGACUGUCGACGAAGCCACCGAACCUAAUCGACAAGAUAGUUUUCAAAGUGCCGCGGCUAUUAGAGAGUUCCGUGACCGGAAUAAUAGACGAGGGCAGCCGACUUCCACAUGGAACGGACGGUCGUCAAGGGACAACUACCGAGACCAGCAAACAGAAUGCUUCUACUGCAGACGUUUCGGCAAAAAUGCCAAGAAAUGCGGGCAUAACCGCGUGAGAGACAGAGGACAACAGAAAGUGAACGUAUUAGAAGAAGAAGAACAAAGCUUGCGCAAACUAAACCUGCUGGAUGAUGAGUAAAACUAUUUUGUAAUAGACUUCUCUUUUUGUACUAAAACCGCGUAAUUUCAAUUUCAAAUAUAUCUCUGUUGUGCUCGCACGCCGUGUUCUCACUUGAGUGGCAUCUGCCAGUCCUGAUUGUUGUGUUGUGUUUCAGAUCGCUCCUGCCUGCAAGUAAACGAUAAUAAUCCGUGCUACA